CUCUCUUUCCCCUGCUCCGACUCUCAGAUCCUGGCCUCCCUUCAGCUCCACAGACCUGUGGGGGCCCCCGGUGAGGACAUGCUGGCAGAGCUAGGGUCCUGCUUGCUGCUGGCAGUGGCUCUGCUGGGCCCAGGCCCCAGGGCCCAAGCUAUGAAAGGUGUCAAAUGUGGGGGUGUGCUCUCAGCACCUUCUGGAAACUUCUCCAGCCCCAACUUCCCCAGGCUCUACCCCUACAACACGGAGUGCAGUUGGCUGAUUGUGGUGGCCGAGGGCUCCUAUGUGCUGCUCACCUUCCACGCCUUCGACCUGGAGUACCACGACACCUGCGCCUUCGACUUCCUGGAGAUCUACAACGGAGCCUCAGGAGACAAGGGCAACCUGCUGGGGAGGUUCUGCGGCCAGGUGCCCCCGCCACCCUUCACCUCAUCCUGGCAUGUCAUGUCUGUGGUCUUCCACUCAGACAAGCACGUGGCCAGCCGCGGCUUUUCUGCAGGCUACCAGAAAGAUGUGUGUGGUGGCAUGCUGACUGGUCUGUCGGGGGUCCUUGCCAGCCCUGAGUACCCCAACAACUACCCCAACAACGUGGAGUGUCGCUGGGUGAUCCGGGCCACAGGCCCCACCGCUGUCAAGCUGGUGUUCGCAGACUUCCAGGUGGAGGGCAAUGAGGAGUGCACCUACGACUACGUGGCUGUGCUCGGGGGGCCUGGGCCUGCCCUUGGCCACCACUACUGUGGCAGCACCAAGCCCCCCACCCUUGUGUCUCGGGGCCAUGAGCUACAGGUGGUCUUCAAGUCUGACUUUAACAUCGGAGGCCGGGGCUUCAAGGCCUACUACUUCUCAGGAGAAUGCCAGGAGGUAUACACAACUACGCGGGGCAACUUCUCCAGCCCGCAGUACCCCAGCCCCUAUCCCAACAACAUCCGGUGCCACUGGACCAUCCACCUGCCUCCCGGCUACCGGGUCAAGGUGUUCUUCCUAGACCUGGAACUGGAGGAGCCCAACAGCCUGACCAGGACCUGUGACUUCGACCACCUGGAGGCCUUUGAUGGGGCCAGUGAAGAGGCGCCCCUGCUGGGGAGUUGGUGUGGCCACCACCUACCGCCACCCUUCACCUCGAGCCAAAACCUGCUUCUGCUCCUGCUGCACACGGACCGCAGCACCACCCACAGGGGCUUCUCUGUGGCCUACAUCGGAGUGGUACCCAUGAAUGUGAGCUGCUCCCGCACGGAUUUCCAGAUUCUGAUCUCUGCGCAGGCGCUGGCCCCCCUGGAUCGGACCAAGGUCUACCUGGGCAGCCGGAGCUGUGCGGCCCAGGAAGUAGGCAGCAACUUCCGGAUCCAGGCCCACUUUGACACCUGUGGCACUGAGUCUCAGAGAAGAAACAACACAGCAGUGAUCGUCAGCGUGCUGUACAUCGACUUCUCGGCCGGCGGGCAGGAGGACGUCCAUGAGUACGAGGUCCUCUGCGAGCCACGGCGCAAGGAGGCUUCUGUCCACCUGCUGUCCGGCUCCCACUGGCUUGGGCCCUAUGACGCUACAGCUGAGCACCUCCAAGAGGCACCUCCCAGGGCUAAGGCAGAGGCUCCAGAGGGCCCAGUGGCCGUGGUGGCCCAGGACACCAGUGACAUCGUCUUCCUGGGCCUCUGCAUCCUGGCAGGAGUCCUCAUGGUCAUCGCCAUCGUAGUGCUGAUGCUGCUGUGAGCAG